GUGCGCCGGGCUCCUCGCCGCUGCUUUCGCUAGCUCGCUCGGUGUCUCGGCCGGAGGAGGAGGCAGUGGCGCCGGCGACAGCUACGGCAACGGCAGCCACGGCGGCGGCUGCGGCUGCGGCGGCAUCUCCGCCUCCACCCCCGCCCGGGACAGCCCCCCACGGUCUCCCCGCCCCUCCCGGACCUUGAGCCCGCCGCGGGGCGGAGGAAGGAGCCUGCCCCCACCCCCUCCAACCCACCCCCAAAGAGAUCCCUCCUCCCCUCCCCCCGCCGCCUCUGGCGCGGAGCCGGGACGAUGCUGACCCCUUAGAUCCUGCUCCAGCUGCGACGAGGGAAGAGGGGGCGCCCCUCCCGGACCCCCCGCCCUCUACCGGGUGCCCCCUUCCUUUCUCCCCCUCUCGGGGGCUGCUUCGCCUAAGGUAGCGCCGAUUCUGGCAACCGGAGCCUGGGCGCGAAGCGAAGAAGCCGGAACAAAGUGAGGGGAAGCCGGCCGGCUAGCCCGGGAGCCCCUGGGAGCCCAGGGGAAGCGGGACUCUCGCCAGGCGGGGCUUCCCUGCGACCCGGCGCCCGGCGGGCAGCAUGCCCCUGCGGGCACGGGAAGCUGGGCUGAACUGGCCCUCCCGGGGGCUCAGCAAGCGCUCUAGAGCCUCCCCCAUGCGCCCCCGCCGGGGUCCCCCGGUGGCGUGAGGACAUCUCCUUUGAGGGGCGCCGCUUGCCCCUCUUCGGAUCCCCCGGGGCCCCGGCUGGCCAGAGAAUGGACGAGGAGGAGGAUGGAGCGGGCGCCGAGGAGUCGGGACAGCCCCGGAGCUUCAUGCAGUUCAACGACCUGUCCAGGGCCGGUGGCCGUCAGGGGCCAGGGUCGACGGAGAAGGACCCGGGCAGCGCGGACUCCGAGGCGGAGGGACUGCCGUACCCCGCGCUGGCCCCGGUGGUUUUCUUCUACUUGAGCCAGGACAGCCGCCCGCGGAGCUGGUGUCUCCGCACGGUCUGUAACCCCUGGUUCGAGCGCAUCAGUAUGUUGGUCAUUCUUCUCAAUUGUGUGACGCUGGGCAUGUUUAGGCCAUGUGAAGACAUCGCCUGUGACUCCCAGCGCUGCCGAAUCUUGCAGGCCUUUGAUGACUUCAUCUUUGCCUUCUUUGCCGUGGAAAUGGUGGUGAAGAUGGUGGCCUUGGGCAUCUUUGGGAAGAAGUGUUACCUGGGAGACACUUGGAACCGACUUGACUUUUUCAUCGUUAUUGCGGGGAUGCUGGAGUAUUCGCUGGACCUGCAGAACGUCAGCUUCUCAGCAGUCAGGACAGUCCGUGUGCUGCGACCGCUCAGGGCCAUUAACCGGGUGCCCAGCAUGCGCAUCCUCGUCACGCUACUGCUCGACACCUUGCCCAUGCUGGGCAAUGUCCUGCUGCUCUGUUUCUUCGUCUUUUUCAUCUUCGGCAUUGUCGGCGUCCAGCUGUGGGCAGGGCUGCUUCGGAACCGAUGCUUCCUCCCUGAGAAUUUCAGCCUCCCACUGAGUGUGGACCUGGAGCCUUACUACCAGACAGAGAAUGAAGACGAGAGCCCCUUCAUCUGCUCCCAGCCGCGGGAGAAUGGCAUGCGGUCCUGUAGGAGUGUCCCCACAUUGCGUGGGGAAGGUGGUGGAGGCCCACCCUGUGGUCUAGACUAUGAGGCCUACAAUAGUUCCAGCAACACCACCUGUGUUAACUGGAACCAAUACUAUACCAACUGUUCUGCGGGCGAGCAUAACCCCUUCAAAGGUGCCAUCAACUUCGACAACAUUGGCUAUGCCUGGAUCGCCAUCUUCCAGGUUAUCACCCUGGAGGGCUGGGUGGACAUCAUGUACUUUGUGAUGGAUGCUCAUUCCUUCUACAACUUCAUCUACUUCAUCCUCCUCAUCAUUGUGGGCUCCUUCUUCAUGAUCAACCUGUGCCUGGUGGUGAUUGCCACGCAGUUCUCGGAGACCAAGCAGCGGGAAAGUCAGUUGAUGCGGGAACAACGUGUCCGGUUCCUGUCCAAUGCUAGCACCCUGGCGAGCUUCUCCGAGCCGGGCAGCUGCUAUGAGGAAUUGCUCAAGUACCUGGUGUACAUCCUCCGCAAGGCAGCCCGCAGACUGGCCCAGGUUUCUCGGGCUGCAGGCGUCCGAGUAGGGCUGCUAAGCAGCCCAGCGGCCCCUGGGGGGCAGGAGCCCCAGCCCAGUGGCAGCUGCUCUCGUUCCCGCCGCCGUCUGUCUGUCCACCACCUGGUGCACCACCAUCACCACCAUCACCACCACUACCACCUGGGUAAUGGGACGCUCAGGGCGCCCCGGGCCAGCCCAGAGAUCCAGGACAGGGAUGCCAACGGUUCCCGCCGGCUCAUGCUGCCACCUCCUUCUACGCCCACCCUCUCUGGGGGCCCUCCGAGGGGUGCGGAGUCUGUGCACAGCUUCUACCACGCCGACUGCCACUUGGAGCCAGUCCGCUGCCAGGUGCCCCCUCCCAGGUCCCCAUCUGAGGCAUCUGGCAGGACUGUGGGUAGUGGGAAAGUAUACCCCACUGUGCACACCAGUCCUCCACCAGAGAUGCUGAAGGAUAAGGCGCUGGUGGAGGUGGCCCCCAGCUCUGGGCCCCCCACCCUCACCAGCCUCAACAUCCCACCUGGGCCCUUCAGCUCUAUGCACAAACUACUGGAGACACAGAGUACCGGAGCCUGCCACAGCUCCUGCAAGAUCUCCAGCCCUUGCUCCAAGGCAGACAGUGGAGCCUGUGGUCCAGAUAGUUGCCCCUACUGUGCCCGGACAGGAGCAGGGGAGUUGGAGCCUGCUGACCAUGAGAUGGCUGACUCAGACAGCGAGGCUGUAUAUGAAUUCACACAGGACGCCCAGCACAGUGACCUCCGGGACCCCCACAGCCAUCGGCGGCGGAGCCUGGGCCCAGAUGCAGAGCCUAGCUCUGUGCUGGCCUUCUGGAGGCUGAUCUGUGACACAUUCCGGAAGAUUGUAGAUAGCAAAUACUUUGGCCGAGGAAUCAUGAUUGCUAUUCUGGUGAAUACCCUCAGCAUGGGCAUCGAGUAUCAUGAGCAGCCCGAGGAGCUCACCAACGCCCUGGAAAUCAGCAACAUCGUCUUCACCAGUCUCUUCGCCCUGGAGAUGCUGCUGAAACUGCUCGUGUAUGGUCCCUUUGGCUACAUCAAGAAUCCUUACAACAUCUUUGAUGGUGUCAUCGUUGUCAUCAGCGUGUGGGAGAUUGUGGGCCAGCAGGGAGGUGGCCUGUCGGUGCUGCGGACCUUCCGCCUGAUGCGGGUGCUGAAGUUGGUGCGCUUCCUGCCGGCACUGCAGCGGCAGCUUGUGGUGCUCAUGAAGACCAUGGACAAUGUAGCCACCUUCUGCAUGCUGCUUAUGCUCUUCAUCUUCAUCUUCAGCAUCCUGGGCAUGCAUCUCUUUGGCUGCAAGUUUGCAUCUGAACGUGAUGGAGACACGCUGCCAGACCGGAAGAAUUUUGACUCUCUACUCUGGGCCAUUGUCACUGUCUUUCAGAUUCUGACUCAGGAGGACUGGAAUAAAGUCCUCUACAACGGCAUGGCCUCUACAUCAUCUUGGGCUGCCCUUUACUUCAUCGCCCUCAUGACUUUUGGCAACUACGUGCUCUUUAACCUGCUUGUCGCCAUUCUGGUGGAGGGCUUCCAGGCAGAGGAAAUCAGCAAACGGGAAGAUGCGAGUGGACAGUUAAGCUGUAUUCAGCUGCCUGUCGACUCCCAGGGGGGAGAUGCCACCAAGUCUGAGUCAGAACCCGAUUUCUUUUCACCCAGCAUGGACGGUGAUGAAGAGAGGAAGAAGCACUUGGCCUUGGUGGCCCUGGGAGAACACCCAGAGCUGCGGAAGAGCCUGUUGCCACCUCUCAUCAUCCACACAGCUGCCACACCAAUGUCGCUGCCCAAGAGCUCCAGCACAGGCCUGGGCGAGGCACUGGGCCCCAGUUCUCGACGCACCAGCAGCAGUGGGUCCGCUGAGCCUGGGGCUUCCCAUCAUGAGAUGAAGUCACCGCCAAGUGCCCGCAGCUCCCCACACAGUCCCUGGAGUGCAGCAAGCAGCUGGACCAGCAGGCGCUCCAGCCGGAACAGUCUGGGCCGGGCCCCCAGCCUAAAGCGCAGGAGCCCUAGUGGGGAGCGGAGGUCCCUGCUUUCGGGCGAGGGCCAGGAGAGCCAGGAUGAGGAGGAGAGCUCAGAAGAGGAGCGAGCUAGCCCAAUGGGCAGUGAUCGUCGCCACAGGGGCUCCUUGGAACGAGAGGCCAAGAGCUCCUUUGACCUCCCAGACACACUGCAGGUGCCGGGACUGCACCGCACAGCCAGCGGCCACAGCUCUGCCUCUGAGCACCAGGACUGCAACGGCAAGUCAACUUCAGGACGCCUGGCGACGGCCCUGCGGCCUGAUGAUCUCCCACUGGAUGGGGAUGAUGGUGAUGACGAGGGCAACCUGAGCAAAGGGGAACGGAUCCGAGCCUGGGUCCGAGCCCGCCUCCCUGCCUGCUGCCGAGAACGAGAUUCCUGGUCAGCCUACAUCUUCCCUCCUCAGUCAAGGUUCCGCCUCCUGUGUCACCGGAUCAUCACUCACAAGAUGUUUGACCACGUGGUCCUCGUCAUCAUCUUCCUCAACUGCAUCACCAUUGCCAUGGAGCGCCCCAAAAUUGACCCCCACAGUGCUGAACGCAUCUUCCUGACCCUCUCCAAUUACAUCUUCACCGCAGUCUUUCUGGCUGAAAUGACAGUGAAGGUGGUGGCACUGGGCUGGUGCUUUGGGGAGCAGGCAUAUCUGCGCAGCAGCUGGAAUGUGCUGGAUGGGCUGCUGGUGCUCAUCUCGGUCAUCGACAUCCUGGUGUCCAUGGUGUCAGACAGCGGCACUAAGAUCCUGGGCAUGCUGAGGGUGCUGCGGUUGCUGCGGACUCUUCGCCCACUCAGGGUGAUAAGCAGGGCCCAGGGGCUGAAGCUGGUUGUAGAGACACUAAUGUCCUCCUUGAAGCCCAUCGGCAACAUCGUGGUCAUCUGUUGUGCCUUCUUCAUCAUUUUUGGCAUUCUGGGGGUGCAGCUUUUCAAAGGAAAGUUCUUCGUGUGUCAGGGCGAGGACACCAGGAAUAUUACCAACAAGUCUGACUGUGCUGAGGCCAGUUACCGGUGGGUCCGGCAUAAGUAUAAUUUUGACAACCUCGGCCAGGCUCUGAUGUCCCUGUUUGUGCUGGCCUCCAAAGAUGGUUGGGUAGACAUCAUGUAUGACGGGCUGGAUGCUGUGGGUGUGGACCAGCAGCCCAUCAUGAACCACAACCCCUGGAUGCUGCUAUACUUCAUCUCGUUCCUGCUCAUUGUGGCCUUCUUUGUCCUGAACAUGUUUGUGGGAGUGGUGGUAGAGAACUUCCACAAGUGCCGACAGCACCAGGAGGAGGAGGAGGCUCGGCGGCGUGAGGAAAAGAGACUCCGGAGACUGGAGAAAAAGAGAAGGAAUCUAAUGUUGGACGAUGUAAUUGCUUCCGGCAGCUCAGCCAGCGCUGCGUCAGAAGCCCAGUGCAAGCCCUACUAUUCGGACUACUCACGUUUCCGGCUCCUUGUACAUCACUUAUGUACCAGCCACUAUUUGGACCUCUUCAUCACUGGUGUCAUUGGGUUGAAUGUGGUCACUAUGGCCAUGGAACAUUACCAGCAGCCCCAGAUUCUGGAUGAGGCUCUGAAGAUCUGCAAUUACAUCUUCACCGUCAUCUUCGUCUUGGAGUCCGUUUUCAAACUUGUGGCCUUUGGCUUCCGUCGGUUCUUCCAGGACAGGUGGAACCAGCUGGACCUGGCCAUUGUGCUGCUGUCCAUCAUGGGCAUCACGCUGGAGGAGAUUGAGGUCAAUGCCUCACUACCAAUCAACCCUACCAUCAUCCGUAUCAUGAGGGUGCUGCGCAUUGCCCGAGUACUGAAGCUGCUGAAGAUGGCUGUGGGCAUGCGGGCGCUGCUGGACACGGUGAUGCAGGCCCUGCCCCAGGUGGGGAACCUGGGACUUCUCUUCAUGUUGUUGUUUUUCAUCUUUGCAGCUCUGGGAGUGGAGCUCUUUGGAGACCUGGAGUGUGAUGAAACACACCCUUGUGAGGGCCUGGGCCGGCAUGCCACCUUUAGAAACUUUGGCAUGGCCUUCCUGACCCUCUUCCGAGUCUCCACGGGUGACAACUGGAAUGGAAUUAUGAAGGACACCCUCCGGGACUGUGACCAGGAAUCUACCUGCUACAACACGGUCAUCUCGCCCAUCUACUUCGUGUCAUUUGUGCUCACCGCCCAGUUCGUGCUGGUCAAUGUGGUGAUAGCCGUGCUGAUGAAGCACCUGGAGGAGAGCAACAAAGAGGCCAAGGAGGAGGCUGAGCUGGAGGCCGAACUGGAACUGGAGAUGAAGACUGUCAGCCCGCAGCCCCACUCCCCACUGGGCAGCCCCUUCCUCUGGCCUGGGGUUGAGGGUGCUGACAGCCCUGACAGCCCCAAGCCUGGGGCCCCACUCACCACAGCCCACACUGGAGCAGCCUCUGGCUUCUCUCUUGAGCACCCCAUGGACAGACAGCUGUUUGACACCAUCUCCCUGCUGAUCCAGGACUCCCUAGAGGGGGAGCUGAAGCUGAUGGACGAGCUGGCAGGCCCAGGGGGCCAGCCCUCUGCCUUCCCUUCCGCCCCCAGUCCCGGCGGCUCCGACCCACAGAUCCCUCUAGCUGAGAUGGAGGCUCUGUCUCUGACGUCAGAGAUUGUGUCUGAACCAUCCUGCUCUCUAGCUCUGACGGAUGACUCUUUGCCUGAUGACACUCACACACUCUUACUUAGUGCCCCGGAGAGCAAUAUGGAACCCCACCCUGAGGAGGUGCCAGUCCCCCUGGGACCAGACCUGCUGACUGUGCGGAAGUCAGGUGUCAGCCGGACACACUCUCUGCCCAAUGAUAGCUAUAUGUGUCGUGAUGGGAACACUGCUGAGGAGUCACUGGAACACAGGGGCUGGGUGCUCCCCAAAGCCCAGUCAGGAUCCAUCUUGUCUGUGCACUCCCAACCAGCAGAUACCAGUUGCAUCCUGCAACUUCCCAAAGAUACACCCCACCUGCUCCAGCCUCAUGAGGUCCCCACCUGGGGCACCAUCCCUAAACUGCCCCCACCUGGCCGCUCCCCUCUGGCUCAGAGGCCACUCAGGCGCCAGGCAGCAAUAAGGACUGACUCCUUGGACAUUCAAGGCCUGGGUAGCCGGGAAGACCUACUAUCAGAGGUGAGUGGGCUCUCCUGCCCUCUGGCCCGGUCCUCCUCCUUCUGGGGACGGUCAAGCAUCCAGAUGCAGCAGCGUUCCCACAGCCAGAGCAAGGUCUGGAAGCAUAUGCCCCCACCAGCCCCUUGCCCACGCCUGGAACCCAGCUGGGGCAAGGACCCUCCAGAGACCAGAAGCAGCUUAGAGCUGGACACAGAGCUGAGCUGGAUUUCAGGAGACCUUCUGCCCACUGGCAGCCCAGAAGAACCCCUGUCCCUAAGGGACCUAAAGAAGUGCUAUAGUGUAGAGGCCCAGAGCAGCCGGCGUAGGCCUGGGUCCUGGCUGGAUGAACAGAGGAGACACACCAUAGCAGUCAGCUGCCUGGACAGCGGCUCCCAACCCCACCUGGGUCCAAGCCCCUCAAGUCUGGGAGGCCAGCCUCUUGGGGGCCCUGGGAGCCGGCCCAAGAAAAAACUGAGUCCACCCAGUAUCUCUAUAGACCCCCCGGAGAGCCAGGGUCCUCGGCCCCCACCCAGCCCUGGUGUCUGCCUCCGGAGGAGGGCGCCACCCAGCGAUUCCAAGGAUCCCUCGGCCUCCGGCCCCCUUGACAGCUCGGCUGCCUCGCCCUCCCCAAAGAAAGAUAUUCUAAGUCUCUCUGGUUUGUCCUCUGACCCUGCAGACCUGGACCCCUGAGUCCCACCCACUCUCCCUUCUCACCUUUCUCCACUGGGUGCAGAUCCUAGCUCUGCCUCCUGGGCCAUAUUCCUGAAAAGUCCCGUGUACACACAGAGGCGGUCACCUGCCUCCAGUUAUGGCUGAGGGACCAUAAGCAGGACUUUCAGAGUGUCUGAAAUGAACCUCCACCUCUGGGCAGAAAGAGAGGGAGAAGCCCAGUAUGGCCGAGGCUCCCGACACCAGGAGCUGUUGGGAGAAAGCAAUACGUUUGUGAAGAAUCUCUAUGUAUAUUCUAUUUUAUUAAAUUAAUUGAAUCUAGUAUAUGCCGGAUGUACGACAUUUUGUGACUGAAGAGACUUGUUUCCUUCUACUUUUAUGUGUCUCAGAAUAUUUUUGAGGCGAAGGCGUCUGUCUCUUGGCUAUUUUAACCUAAAAUAACCAGUCUAGUUAUAUUCCCUCUUCUUGUAAAGCACAAGCUAGGGCCUCGAGUGCAUUAUAGCCCCGACGGUGACCCGUCUUCAGUGGAAAGUGAGAACCAUUUUGGAAACUGUCAUGUAACUUAUUUUCUCCUUUGAUCUCGUCAUCAUUUUCUGUAGGGGAAAAAAAAAAGAAAAAGGAAAAAAAGAAAAAAAAUGAGAUUUUACAAAUGAAAUGGAAUCUUUUUAUAUAUAUAUACAUACAUAUCUAUAUAUCUAUAUAUCUAUAUAAAAUAAAGUAAUUUUCCAAAAUAAAAA